AUAGUUUAUUGACUGUUUUGGCGGAUAUGAAUAGAAUAGGCAGAUUAAUUUUACCGCUCUUUGGCACAUUAGCGAGUUUUGGCAGCACACCAGCACACCAUUUAAACAUUAGCGCAUAUAAAAUGUCCCCUCCUACAGUCUCCAGUCCAAAACGUCAACGCACCGAGGGACAGCCACUUUGUAUUGGAACACAUAGUGGCCAAUUUCAUUGUGAUGAAGUGUUGGCAUGUUUUAUGUUGAAACAAUUGCCCGAGUACAGUAACGCCGAAAUAUUCCGUUCUCGCAAUCGUACAGAAUUACAAGAGAUAUGCGACAUAAUCAUUGACGUGGGUGAUGAGUUUGACCAUGAAAAGAAAUGGUAUGAUCAUCAUCAGAAAUCAUUUCAAGCAACGCUCAGUUCUUUGCGUCCCGAAUUUGGUGAACAAUUUAAUUCAAUAAGGUUAAGUAGCGCCGGAUUGGUCUAUUGCUUUUAUGGUGAGCGUGUAGUUGACGAAAUUCUAAAAAGGCACGCUAAUAUAUCAUUGAAUCCUGAAAACCUAAGAUUAACCUAUGUUCAAAUCUAUCGUAAUUUUAUUACCGAAAUCGAUGCCAUUGACAAUGGUGUGCCAAUGUGUCCAGAAGGCAUAGAGCCGUUAUAUAAAAUCUCCACUGGGCUCUCCAGUAGAGUGAAUAAGUUCAAUCCCUCUUGGGAGGAGGAGGGCACCAACAUUAAUGUUGAUGAAAGGUUUCAGGAGGCUAUGCAAUAUGUUGGAAAAGAAUUUGUAGAUAAUGUUUUAAGCAUUGGGGGCUCCUGGAUAAAAGGCAGAGAAUAUGUACGCGAAGCUUUAUUAUCUGCCAAAUCCGUUUACAAAACAGGAGAGAUUUUACUGUUGCCAAGGUUUUGUCCAUGGAAGCAACAUUUAUUUGAAUUAGAAAAGGAAAACGAUGUCGUUGGUGUAAUUAAACUGGUUAUUUUUACUGAUGCAUCUGGCAGUUGGAGAGUCGCAGGAGUCCCUGUCACACCAGACAGCUUUCUGGGACGGAAGUUUUUGCCUGAACCUUGGAGAGGUUUGCGAGAUGAAGAACUUUCUAAACUAGUUGGAAUCGACGAUUUAAUAUUUGUCCACCAUAAUGGUUUUAUUGCUGGUGCUAAGACCAAAGAAGCAGCUAAAGCAUUGGCGAUUAAGAGUGUAGAAUAUUGAAAUUAUAGAACAAAAAGGUAAUUAUUGUAAACUACACAUAAGACUUAAAUAAAUAAGGCAAUAUUUCAAAGUUUAACAAA